GUAAAAAAAAAAAAAAUAUAAAUAACCCAAAAGGCUGCAAGUGAUUCAAUUACCUUUUUUAUUUAAUUCAAAUGUUAUAACAAACAUGCGAGUUUAUGACUAAUAGAGAGAUUACUUCAGAUAAUGAUAUGGAUACUUCAUCUGAUGAUGAUAUGGAAGUAACUGAGGAAGGGGAAACUGAAAAUGACCAUUUUAAUUUGAGUAAAGAAUGGGCUGAGAAAAUAAAACAAACUGGCAAUUCAUUAUCUUGUGUGCAUGAAUUUAUGGAUGCUGAUGCACCAGAAAAAAUCAAUGAAAAUUCAUUUGGAGAUGUAUUUAUUUUUGCAGAGUCAAUGUCAUUAAAGAAAAAGAACAAGACUCCUGUAGCCAAAACCCGAGGUUCUUACAGGAAAUGUACUGUUGAACAAAUUGAAAAGCUCUUUGAUUUCAUCAUUGAAGAAGGCUUCAUUAUCAAAGAUGCAGCUUUAGUCUCUGGAAUCAAUCUUUAUACUGCCCAAAAUUAUGUAAAAACGUAUAAUAAUGAUUCGCAGAAACGACUUCCAGGGACUUAUAAUAAACCUUGUGGAAGAUCUUGUUCAAAGUUAACUAAGGAGCAUUCUAAAUUUUUUGUUGACUAUGUCAAAAAGAAUACUACUGCUGUAUUAGAUGAGUUAAAAUUAAAACUGAGAAAUUAG